GAACCUAGUUACAGAAUUUAGGAAAGUAUGCUCUCAUCAUUGCCAAAAAGAAGAUUAUUUGGCCCGAGUAAAGAUAACAUUCUGCUUAUGGUUGUGUUCCGUCUCCUAUAUCGUUUUCGUUCAUUCACUCAGAACUAGUUGUUCAGGGAAGGGAGUUUUUCAACGAAUGAUGACUAGUUCUGUUCAACUGAAUUAGUACGUUUGCGAACUACACAUCACUAUUCAGCAUUGGAUUCUAACCUCUUUUCGCGCCAUUCUACAGAUUUGUUUUGGUUCUUCUGCAAGUUUUUAAACGUUUUUCGCAGUUUUCAUGUGGCCUCCGUAUUCCAGCUUUCAGUUCUGCUCCAGCCUGCAUUUUCGAAAGUAAAAUUAUGAUAUAAUGUAAUCUUUAUGGUUGACGAUAGUUGCGUUCCAUAAAAGCUUUCAGCAUGGGCAAAAUUUGUUACUGCGAUGAUUUAUAUACCGCCUAUAAAGAGAAGAAAUUGACUAAUUUGACCCUUAUAUGCGCGCCUGAUAUAGACGGUACAUCUACACUUGAAGUACAUCGACUUGUUUUGGGUUGUGCUUCCCAGGAGAUUCUCGACAAAAUAUCAGCAAACGAUCGCAAAGUAGUGCUCCACGUUCCCUAUACUGUAUCAACCAUGCAGGUUCUGAUCGAGCUUGCCUACGGUAGGGAAGUAGCGAUACCUCCGGACAUGGUACCACAAUUGCAAGAAGCCGCGAUUGUCUUAAAAAUGAAUAAUCGCAUCAAAAGUUACAUAGAAAAGAUCGCUAAGAGCUUAGAAAAGUCUUCCGAUGUGUUAGACGACGACACCGAUGAACCUAAUUCACAAACGAGUAUGACGAGUGGAGAUGGUGAUGUAACUCCAGAGCUAUUCUUUACACCUGACGACGCUGAAACUUUGCCCAAAGAAACAAUGAACACAUCAAGAUCAUUUCAGGAAAAUGAAACAACAGCCGCAGGUAGUCGCGGGCAAGCCUCGCAAUCACAGAACAGUGUGAUGAUAGUGCCGGAAAAGGUAUCGGUUGUUGUCAUCGAAAGCAGUUCGGACGAGGAGUUGGAUGUCACGUCUCAAAGAAAAUCAUCGAGACUGAUUAAAACGAAAGGGAACGAGACGCCGGAAAAGGGUUCAGAUUCAGUUAUGUCUCCGGUGAUAUCUCAGUACGUACGACCUGUACAGAAACAGGCGCAAAAAGACAGCGAGAAGACAUCGCAGACACAAAAGGAAAUUGGUACUCGGGAAACCUCUAGUCAAACAGAGUCUCACGGGGCGGAAAGAAAUAUCGAUCAACGGCAAGCAAGCAUAGGUGCCGUUAAAAAAACGGUUUCUGGAAAAAAAUCCAAGAAGAACGUUGGCAACCCACCGAACAUCGGUCCGUCAUCCUCGGCAGGUGCUACAAGUAGCGGAAGCGGCUGGUGCUCAAAAGCAGUAAGCAAUAUCAGGUCGGUGCCACAAGACCCAGUUACAGCAGCAGUAGAGGAGAAACUGUUGGAUUUGGUCGCCGGCAAAGAUGGAUGGCCGGAAAAGGAGCAGUUAAGAAAGACGGCAAGAUUGAUAGAGGUCAUGGAAUUCAAGAGGCUGGAAAACCUUUGCGAGGGUUGCUUCAAAUUCCAUCCCGAUAUUAAGGGCCACGUAAAACAGUGUUUGAAGAAAUUUCGAGAGCCUAGAAAGAAAGUCUGGAACUGCAAACAUUGCGGCACACCAUUUUCACACGAAGCAGUCCUUAAUUUCCACAAAUGCAAAGACAAGCUACCUGAAGUUAAAAACAUUAGAGAUAUCGGUUAUGAUGAUAAGAAUUUUAAUUUAUGUUAGUAUAUUAUCAAUGCUGUGUAAAGAGAUGAUGUUUAUUGUGUGCAUUUUUUUAGCAAGGCUGAUUUAUUUCUUUAAAAAAAAACGGUUAAUAAAAAAUCUUAAAAAAU